AUGCUUCGUCCGCUGGCGUUGCUUGCUUGGCUCGCCGGCGCAGUUGCAUUGCCAUCGUCAUGCCGCCAACACUGGGAGGAUCCACAGAUGAGGGCGCAUCUCUUAUGGCAGAGUCUACGUUGUGUGGGGCAGGCCGGCGCUGAGAUACAUGCCCAGCGCUGUAUGGGUAUAGUUUGCAGUUGGACCGUGAUCAAGGCAGAGACUCCCGAAUGUGCGACGAGGACCUCGUGCGCAGCAGCUUGCGACAAGGCAGAAGGUUGCAGUGACUUCAGCCGCUUCUGUGGCGCCAUUACAGCCCAGGGUUCCACCUUCUUCCUUUCCGCUGCAAAAGACCAACCUCUCGUAAACUCCACGGCCCUCAUGGACACUACUUCGGCAAAUCGCAGCGUGCAGGCUCAUCUUUCCACACACAUCCAGACCUUGCUGCUCCACGAUGCAGCAGUACAGGACACGCCAGGAUUCCCUAAGAACUUGGGCUCGGGCCUCGUGUUCUGCAUCGCUUUUCUAGUAAUUUUGGCCUUAUCCUUAGCCUUUACAGCCUUUUGGGCUAGGACGUCCCGGCCCGAAGGGGCAGAGCCCCUGCUGGGCUAA